CUUCACUAUACCCUAACAUUCUUUCUUUAAUUCUUGUUUGCUUUCAAGAAUUCAAAAGCUUUCUUUUUGUUAACAUUUUUUAAAGAUUUAGUAUACGAAAAUGAGUUCUUCAAUGCUUAAACUUUUCUUGAUCUUGGGUGUUCUUGCAACUUCUUGCAUGGCACAAGCACCGGGUGCAUCACCAACUCCGUCGCCUAAACCUGCACCCACGCCAUCACCUACAGCGGCUCCUCCGACUCCACCACCAUCAGCACCACCAGCACCAACCCCAGCUCCAGCCCCAUCAACUCCAUCUCCGGCUCCGUCAACCCCAUCUCCGGCUCCAGGACCAUCUACUCCUUCACCGGCGGUUACUCCUCCAUCCGAAGCUCCAACUUCACCGGCUUCCUCUCCUCCUAUGCCAGAUGCAACCACACCUUCUUCUGAAACUCCGGUUCCUCAACCUCCUCCAAGUGAUAACUUUGCUGCUGCUAGGUUUGACAGAGUCAUCCUCGCCGGAACUGUCCUCGCCGGCGGUUUCUUGGCCUUCACUUUGGCUUAGAAUCUCAUUGGGAGAAAUCAUCGGCUUAAUGUAGAUCAUCUUUAAUUGGUUUAAUUCAAUUCUUGGAGGAGUCGGAAAGGUUGAGAUCUCUGUUAUUUGUUCAUCUUUUAAUUCUUGUUUAUUUUAUUUCUUGUGAUUGUUUGAUUAAUUUUCAUUGUUUUGGGUGGGUGGAGAUUAGCUGGUAUGCUUACACGUGUACAAUCUGAUGGUGGGGAUGUGGGGUUGUCAUUUGUAGAAAAUUGGGGCAUUUGUGUACAUCAAAUAAAAUAGUGGAAUCAAAUUGUUUGUUAUUCUUUAA